CCGAGAGGAAGAGAACAUUUUGAAAACGUCAAGAGGCGGCCUUCGCUCUCUGCAAACGCCCUGGGCUGACCUAGAGCUAUGACGCCGGACGAUGUUAAGGGAACUGAAGAGGAGCCUGUGCAAGAUAACUAGGUAUUCUCAGUGAAGUCUCAAAGAUGGAGAUAGUGCGGCAUGCGAGUGCCUGCAACCUGAGUGUACAAAGUGUUAGUACACUUGUGCCUGUUGGUUACACUCAGCUUCUUAUGGACCAAAGUAAAGUGGGAUUACAGCCUACAAACACCUUUGUUCUGGGUGCACUGCAAGACACUUUUGAGAAAGUUGUUCGCAAAGGAGUUGUCAAGAAGAGGCUCAUCCUUAGGGAAGUUCUGCCUGAUGGAACAGAAGGGAAGCAAGUGGACGUUAUUGUGUAUGGUAUGUAUGCCCACAAGGUAGAGGAUAUUUUGAAGAGUGUGGGAAGCUCCCCAAAUCAAUGGGUCAUUUUUACCAAAGGAAGCAUUGGGAAGUUCCCAGCAUGUGGCACAGGGGAAGGCUGGUGUACUAACUGUUUGCGGAUCGGAGGUAUGGGAAUGGCUGAGGCGCAGGUCAUCAUAGUCACAGAGUCCUAUCCUCCAGCUCCGACCCCAAGGCAAGAGCAGGUUAAUGCGAUGAGUGUUACUUCUCCUGAACGCAGUUAUCCCUCAGAACUGGUCAUUCCUGAACUCCGUGGCUCUGCAGGACCUUCCAACACCAACAGGAACAAUAGAUUGUUGGGGAAAGCCAAAGGACACAACAAGCAGAAACCAAGGAAAUUUGAAACCAUUAACUCCUUGAAGAUUGGCUUGAAAUUUGACCUAUUUGCCUUGGUGAAUGAGGUGGUCAAGCCCCCCACACUGACGGCGCGCCAAUCACACCAUAUGCUUCUAGGGCUAGUGGAUCCCUCCUGUCUCCGAGAAGGAAGCCAGCGGCCAGACCUCCUCCUGCAUGUCUUUAUCAAUGACAAGGUGUCUAAUAAGCCCCUUGGAGAUCUCCCAGGGGGCAUUGCGAGUGGUGAUGUCAUCCUCGUUCGAGAUAUGUUUACAGAACUGUAUCAGGUAGAGAACAAAGUACAUGGAAAGGUCUACUCUGCCAGUCAGAUUGUCAAAUUUAAUUUUGAAGGGAAUUCCGUUUCACCAGUUACUCAUAGUACUUCAUAUGUUUUUACAGAUGUAGACUGCAACCAUGUCAUUCACCUGCAUCAGUGGUGGAACCAGGUGAAGCACAUCUGUAGUGAAAAGCAGCAGGAUGGCGAACAGGGCCAGAAUGCAGAGAACGAGUUUGAGUUUGGAGAGGCAACAAUAACUGAAGUGAAUCGUGAUAUGCACUUCUCUUUGUUCUGUCAGGUGCUAGAAAUGAGACCGGUGUCAAAACUUAACAAAGAGAUAGUGAUUCUGCGUGUACGGGAUGGAACACUGUCCAGCGUGCACACUCAGCAGUGCAACCUUGCCGAUGCCACCCAGGAUCUUCUCUCUCAGACUGAUGCCUAUAGUAGUGUCGGUUCAGCAGUUGUUGACAUUAAUGUGUUGAGUCCGACAGAAGAUGCCAAACUGUUGGAGAGUGGUGAUUUUGUGCUCCUGAAGUAUGUCCAUGCGGUGAAUAUGAACCCAGACGUCUCUACGAACUUCCACCCUCCGCUGUUUGAGCUGCUGAUGAACGACCCUCGCUGCUCCAUAAAGAAGAUCUCGCCCAGCCACAGUGAGACACGGAAGAUCCUGAGACGUUUAGGGUACAACAAUCCCUCAGAGGCUGUGUUAGAUGCACAAGACAGCCUUCUGCAGGGAGCAAAAGUACCUCUAGGUCGUAGUACUCCAGUGAGGUCACCAUUGAAGCCAAGUCCAAACAGGAUCAACACACAGCCCCUUAGUCCUCAGAGGCUGCACAGGAACAAAAGCAACACAGGGCCAGCUUUUGCACAUCCCAACACAAUGAGGGUAUCGCAUCCAAGAAGUGGGUCUCCAUUAUCCCAGAGAGACAAAAUUUCAAGCGCACAUUCCUCUCCACAUCUUUCAAUGCAAACAGACUCUCUUGAGCAUGCAAUGGAAGGGUUUCAUACACAGUCUGAGGAUAUGGGCAGGUCAGCAGUAGCAUCCCAGGAGCGCAGUCCCAGCUGCAAGAGUCAGUCUCCUCGACAGACGCACUCAGUCCAUGAGUUAGACCAGGAUAUAAGUAGGAUCGUCUUCCCUCCAGACUUGCCAACCAGCACGCAGCGCUUGUCUUCUGACGUCCACAGUAAAGGCCCAGAGAGUCGUGCAAGCGGUGACGGUUCCAUCUCAUACUCGGCAACCCGUGAGGAUCUAGGCCUUCCACCCAUAUCUCCCUCGCUCUCCGUUGCCAGCAAUGAUCACAGGAAUGCAGACAUACCACGCAUUUCCCCAGCGCCUUCCCUUGGUAUUAGUGAUCAUCGUACUGCAUCUCUGACUCAACAGAAGACAGCUAAACGCAAAUUAUCAAUGAUAGAAGAAAUUUCAGAAGGCAUUAGCUGUGAGAAUAAUAAGACAGCACGUAAAUCCAUGCCCAGAAGUAUAACAACUGAGUGUUUAGGAGAGUAUACAGACACGUCCCUCAAAGAGAUGGAAUCAGACAGCCAGCCAGGAGUUCUGUACAGAGUCUCUUGCAUCAUUAAAUCAUUAUACAUUUAUCCUGAUGAAGAAUUGUGUCAGAAGUGUGGCAGUGGUAAAUUGUGCCUUCAUGACUGGGUGUGGGGGCUGUGUGAGAAGUGUGGGACUGUGCACUCGGCAUCAACACUCCGCAACAUGUUCUCAGAGAGAGACUUGUCUUCGUUGACUGCUCUCUCAUGCAUCCAGUGUAUAGAGCAUCAUGCAAAGAAGAAAAAGAAAGUAGGGACAGAUGAGAAGCUUGCUAACAAGGCCUCUACUAGUGCAUUAGAAAAUCUGGACCUUUCCCAAGAGGGCAUGUUAACUUCAUCAACCCACAAGCCAGCUUCACAUGCUUCAAGAAGCAGCACACCAGCCUCAGCUUCAAAAAUUCACCCUGAAGGCAUCGUCGGCCAAGAAGCUGCAUCAAGUACAGCCAGUGAGAAGGAGAGGGCCAGAGUUAGUGAUGAGAUGGAUGUGGAUCCACCUGCUACUGUUGCUCCUAUUUUAAGGCUCAAAAUUGGUCUUGCUGAUCCGCAGGACGGGAAGGAAAUAGAUGUGCUGCUAAAUGGAGACAAUGCAAAAUGUUUCUUUGGCAUGGAACCAUCGUUCAGAUGGGUCGUAAGAAAACCAGAGAGGAGAAUGGCAGUGUUGAUCUGGUCCCUUUUAAGGGAGAAAAAACCUUUAUAUUUUGGUGUAGAGAAACUUGGUAAAAGGAAAGGGUCCAAAUCGUACACGAUAUCCAAUACUGUAGUAAGACUCCAAGAUUAAGAGGAAAAUAGAAGACCGUGAAUUGGAGAAAGUGCUGAACAUUUUCUGUUCUUAAUUAAUGGACUGAUCUCAAGGAUCUGUCCCACAAAUGAGAACUACCAAAAUACUUGUUGAGUGUGUAACUCUUUUUGGAUAUGGUGUAUA